AUGCGACCUUUCCUCCGCCCAUCAUGGCCCAAACGAAGUCCCAUCCUCGCAUGGCUCCCCAGGACUACUCCGCACCGCGUCUCGCACCGAAUCGCGACCACUUCUGCCCGCCAUGCCGCACCCGUUGAUCUCCCCAGCUUGGUAGUUUCGCCUGGCUCGAAACAUCACAACUCGCUUCCUUCUUUCCUCGAAUGGGCGGAACGUACCGGCAAAUCAUUGGCGUCGGCUGUCUCUGUCGGUACGCUGUAUGAAUACAUGUCUGCACUGGCGCUCAUGCGUCUAGGCUUCUCCCUCAUACGCGUGGGCCGUGGGGGAGAUGAGGGCAUAGAUUUGAUAGGCCAUUGGGUGCUGACGCCUCUAAGAGAACCCAUGCCUAUCAUCGUACAGUGCAAGUCACGCAAAAUCAGCUGCAACCCGGGCCACGUUCGCGAACUCGAAGGAUCUUUCCAAGGGAUACCACCAGCCUGGCGAAACAAGGAUGUUAUGGGCUUGUUGGUCACGACAAAGAAGGCGACGACGGGUGUCUUGAGGGCUCUAGGACAGAGUCGGUGGCCUAUGGGAUUUGUACUCGUUUCUCGGGAAGGAUUGAUCGAGCAAUUUGUUUGGAACCGGAUGGCAUCCGAAAAAGGACUAGAAGGAGUGGGUGUCACAUUGAGGCAUACUCCGCGGGCUCUACUGGUCGAGCCUGGGGAGGAAGUAGACGAGGACGAAAAGGUAUCAAUGAAGAUCCGGGCCAAGUUCAAGAAUGCAGGAACUAUGAAAGAUAUCCAGCUGACCUGGAUGGGCUCGCCUAUCUUCCCAGACAGAGUCACUCUUGACCAGGAAACCGUCAAACUUAUCCGCCAGAUUACACCCAGUGAAGACGAAGACCUUCCUGUUGUCGAAGUAGAGAAGAAACCCCGAGGCCGUCCAAAGGGUUCUACAAAGGAAGCAAUGGCUGAGAAAGUUGUCAAGAAGCCUAGACCUGUAGGUCGACCCUUGAAGACAUGGUCGCAAAGGGAGCCUAUUCCACGCGGUGGCCGGAUUCCAGAGAAUAUCAAGGUGCCAACCAAUGGCCACAUUACAGGAAGGCCCCCAGGAUCGAGGAACAAAUCCAAGCGUCAAGAGACCAAGUCUAAGCCUCCACCGCCAGAGCUCGUACCCACUGUCUCGAAGCGCCCUGUCGGUCGUCCCAGAUUACGUCCACCGAUCGUACGCUGUGCGAGAGUGGGGAGACCUACCGGAUCAAAGGCCAAGCCCAAAGCACCUGCUGAUACCGGAUGA